GCCGCCGCCGCCGCCGCCGCCGCCGCCGCCCCCGAGCCUGCGGGCGGCGCCGAGGACGAGGAGCGCUCGCUGCAGCACAUGCUGCGCGCCAUAGCGGAGGAGCGCGGCCGCCUCAGCCUGCGCCGCGAGGUCUGCGGCCUCGGCUGCUUCAAGGAUGACCGCAUCGUCUUCUGGACCUGGAUGUUCUCCACCUACUUCAUGGAGAAAUGGGCGCCGCGGCAGGAUGACAUGCUUUUCUACGUGCGCCGGAAGCUGGCGUUCGCGGGCAGUGAGAGCAGCGCUGACGGGAGGAAGCUGCCUGAGUCUGAGCCCCAGGUGGAGGUGGAGGUGUACCGGCGGGACUCCAAGAAGCUGCCGGGCCUCGGAGACCCUGACAUUGACUGGGAGGAGAGCGUCUGCCUGAAUCUCAUCCUGCAGAAGCUGGACUACAUGGUGACAUGUGCCGUGUGCACACGUGCUGAUGGGGGGGACAUCCACAUCCAUAAGAAGAAAUCCCAGCAAGUGUUUGCGUCCCCCAGUAAACACCCCAUGGACAGCAAAGGGGAGGAGUCCAAGAUCAGCUACCCCAACAUCUUCUUCAUGAUUGACAGCUUUGAGGAGGUGUUCGGCGACAUGACCGUGGGGGAAGGAGAGAUGGUCUGUGUGGAGCUGGUGGCCAGUGACAAAACCAACACGUUCCAAGGGGUCAUCUUUCAGGGCUCCAUCCGCUACGAGGCGCUCAAGAAGGUGUAUGACAACCGAGUGAGCGUGGCCGCCCGCAUGGCACAGAAGAUGUCGUUCGGCUUCUACAAGUUCAACAACAUGGAGUUUGUGCGCAUGAAGGGGCCGCAGGGCAAGGGCCAUGCCGAGAUGGCGGUCAGCCGUGUGUCCACUGGUGACACGUCCCCCUGUGGGACCGAAGAGGACUCCAGCCCCGCGUCGCCCACACAGGAGCAGGUGACCUCCUUCAGCACUCCCCCAACCCCAGAGAGGAACAACCGGCCCACCUUCUUCUCCCCGUCCCUCAAGAGGAAGGUGCCCCGGAACCGGAUCGCCGAGAUGAAGAAGUCUCAUUCAGCGAACGACAGCGAGGAGUUCUUCCGGGAGGACGAUGGUGGAGCCGAUCUGCGCAAUGCCACCAACCUGCGGUCUCGGUCCCUGUCUGGCACGGGGCGCUCUCUGGUGGGGUCCUGGCUGAAGCUGAACCGAGCAGAUGGAAAUUUCCUUCUCUAUGCACACUUAACCUACGUCACUUUGCCGCUGCAUCGGAUCUUAACAGACAUCCUGGAAGUACGGCAGAAGCCCAUCCUGAUGACCUAGCCGUGUGCGGAGCCCGCACGGAGCCCCCAGCCCUGCCUGGCCCUGGGAGUGCUGCCAAGUGCCUACCUGUCCACCGCCACCGGGGUCUUCUGUGACAACCCAGCGCUGGAGCCGAAGCCCGGCGGGGCCACUCGCCCCCAGGGCCAGGGCCGACUCCAGGAACACCAGCCCAAACUGAAGUGCCUCUUCCUCCUCUCCGACUGGCUCUGCUCCGGCCCUGCGCCCACCACCCCAUCGGCCCAUCUCCGGAGAGCCCGCUGCACCCGGAGAGGACCCGAGGCGCCCAGAGGCCAUGAGACAAGAGGAGCAGCUGGCACCCAGUGUCCAGACCCAGCGAUCCAACGCGCACGUCCCGACAGCAGGCGGAGCCCACCCUGCUGGGGCCCUCAGCGUGUCAUGCUGUCCUGUCCAUCCUCCUCGAGGAAAACGGGUUCAGAUUUUGUCGUGCUGUGCUGGUGAGCUUCAGCGCCCGGUCUGUCCCGACACGCGCGUCCUCCACAGCUUACACUUGGUUCGAAAUGGGUUACAGGGGGAGGUGGGGAACACAGCUGUUUGAUGGUUUCGCCCUGGGCUGCGAACACCUCACCCCACACCCAGUUCUGGAAAGGCCUGGAGCUGAGCAGACAGGCCCUGAUCCCGCCGGAAUGGCCUUUGCUUCCAGCCAAAGAGCACCACCAACACACACACCUCCAAUGUGGGGGCAGCCCGCUCUGUGCCUCGGCUGGCGUGACCUGUGGACUGAGGGCAGGUGGGAGGGCUUGGGAGUCAGACAGAAGAGUGGGAUCGCCGUCCUCGGGGGGCCAAGGCGGGAGACAGGCUGUUUCGUCUCCACUUUCCUAGAGCUUCCUUCCUUUGCCUGAGUGCUGGUCCCAUUUCUCAGACCAGUUCACUGGGGCAAAGAGGGAUUGGCUUCCACUUGGCUGGUCUGGGCUGUGUGUGAGUGGCCGUCCAGCCCCGGGCUUGCCUGUGGCCUCGUUCCAGCCUGAAGGAUUGCCACCUGUGAUGACACGUGUUCUCAGAACCACGAGCCUUGUGAAGAGCAGAAACGUUUUUCCUCUCCCACUGGGAAUUAACUGUCUGCUGGGUCUCUGUUGCUAUGAUGCUCUGUUUGAAGUCCCCAGGAAUAUUUGAGGGGUUCCUGCUGUGCGCUUAGAAAUCCUCUGGGGGGAGACAAGGAGUCAGAGGGGCUUGCUCUCUGUUUUAAUUCUGUGCUCCAAGGGUUUGCGCUGGGCUCCGGAACAGGAUGGACUACUUGGGGCUUUCUCUAGAUUUUGUAUGCUGUUAUUAAAAGCGAGCUAUUGCAUUUCAUUCUGCCUCAGUUUGCCCACCUGUAAAAUGGGGCUGAUACCACCUACCUCACUGAAGUCUCCAGGGUUCCAGUACACGGCUGGGUCAGGGCGCCGCUAUUCUGCAUCGCUCCUGUCAGGUAUCACCACCUCCCCCUCCCCUGCCCUUCUAACCAUCCAGUCCAAGAAGACGUGUGAACAUUCUCGAAUUCUCUGACAGCGCCCAGCUCGUGCUUGGCAGUUCCAAAGCAGCGUCCUAAGGCAGCAGAGUGAGGCCUCGCCCCUGAGUGCAGGAGUCGGGCCUCAGGGAGCAGUGAGUGUGGCCCAGUGUUCCAGGAGGCCACUGGAGUGUUUUCCAGGGGAGCUGAGCUCAGCCCCUGAGUUUGUGUCCAAGGUGGCUAACAGACAGCCAUUUUUUCAGGAAUGUUUUCUUCCCUGGGCUGAAGACUCUGAACUCGGUUCUUGGAAGAAAUACUGUCCUGAUGUGGCUUUCAUGAAAGGGUGAGGUAGUUCACUCGUAGAAAGAGGUGUAGUGGUGAAGAGCUCGAGAAGGUUCCUACUGGAGCCAGAAACCGGCCUGGCUCCGAGGCUCGGCCCUGACUCCUGGGGGGGCCCUGGGCAAGUCAGGCUCCUCUGUAAACUGCAAGCCUGCGCUCUGUCUGCCUUGUGGGGUGUCUGUGGGCCAGUUGCAGUAACAUGUGAAAAUGCAUCGCACAUGGAAUUUUCAAGCUGACACCUCAUUGGUGAAGCAUGUGGACAGGUGCACACCGUGGUUUGACUGCUCUGUAUCCAACACUUAGGUAGCACCCACCAGCAUAAGCAGGUGCCCGCUAAACAUUUAGGUGCCGUCAUCCCCAUCUUAUAGAUGAGGAAACAGCCAGAGAGGUUAGUGAACUGCUUGAGACUGCACAGCAAGCAGCGAGGCAGGAGGCCCACCCAGGCGUCCGGCCCCAGUGGACACUGAGCCUUGACAGUGCCGCCUGGCCUGUCUGUCUUUUGAUCCUCCAAAGGGCACUUCUGGUACUGAAUUUAAAACAUGCUCAGAGAUGCUUGGUAACUGGGCAGUAAGCUGGUACUCUGAGGUUUUUUUUCCCUAAGUGACAAAUGACAUCAGUAACAAAGUAAUAGAGUAGAAAGUGACAGGACCAGACCCAGCGCCCCAACGUCCUGGUGGGUUCUGCUGAUAAUAUACUUUGACUUUUUGUAAGGACAUCUUUAAUUUGGGGGUCAUGCCUGUCUCUUGUAUGAGCAAAGCUCCAUACAUUUCUGAAAUCGGAAUUGGAGUUCCAGUUUGCCUGUGAAGAAUCCCAGGUGUCACUUUUUAAGACAUUAAUAAGAAAAUGAUCUUUUUUGUUGUUGUUCCUUUUAAAGAAAUGCCAUAGUCCUGGAGUCUGGUAGGUAACGUCGCGCCUCUGUCUACAUCUUCCUCCAGCCCCUGAAAGUGAAGGCGCAUUUAGUCUGCGCUCCGGUGUCAUGCUGCAGCUUCCAGUUGCCCGUAUGAGCAGCCACGGCUCCUUAUUUCAAAAGCAGAAUAUUAUUUAAAACAUAAGUAUCAGAGAAGUAGUCAAAGAGAAGAAAAUGAGGCAAAAAUAUCGUCUAGCCCAGUCCACUUGGAGACAGGGUGGGUUUUCUGAUGGGUCAAAUCGACGCUGACAUUCGGACUUUUCAGAACUGACCGGAUCCUCAGAAAUCCGGUUUCUAUGGGGAGUAAAGAGAGGAAGGAUAUAAAGGCAUGUUCUUAAUGUGAUUUUUCCCCCAAAGAAUCCGGCUAGCAACCAGGAUCUGUGUUUGCUUUUUAAGGCACAGUUAGUAGAUCUUCGAAGAAUGAAAUAAAGUUUUGUUUUCCCAUUAAACGACAUUCCAGGAGGCAAUCCCUAUGCAGUUGGUACAGUCUGAUGACUAGCGUUUGAAAAUUAUAUGUGAUGUUGUCAUAAUAUGAUGGUUUUGAAUCACUGGCCAAACUUCUUUAAAGCUUGUAUCUUACAAAUCUGCCAACUUUUCAAGGAGCCUUAGUAGGUUUCACUCAUACAUUUAUUCCGUUCAGUUUUCCAGUUUAGUUGGAAUUUAGUUUUAUAUUCGGUUUCAGAAAGCAAGUAUUUGUUGGCAUUACGUUGAUUCUUCCUCUUCAGGCUUCCUCUCAUCUUUGUACCAGAAAACAGAAUUACGUCUCUUUUAAAAACCGCCCUAGUAGGACAGACUCUGAGAUAUGAAAAUGCAAGUGCUGGCUGAUAUCUGGCCCUUGAGCUUGAACGAAGCAGCCUUUCGAGGUGUCAGCAGCUGGACUUCCAGGAAGCGCUGCUCUAUGGGCCAGAGUUCCCCGACCCUCUCGGGAGGCGCCCCGUGGGAGUCAAGGUGAUGGGUGAUCACUGGGGCUGCUUUUUCCCUUUUCACCGCCUGACUUGGUGCAAGAUCUUCACUGGACGAAAGUCCUCCCGCCCUCUCUGAGCCCCGGAGCUCCCGGGUCACCACACACAGAAGCCAAAUCACUUGAACACCGCGUGGCCUAGGGGCUGGGUUCAGCGUUCCAGAGCAGCUGGAACCUCAGAGGUGGAGGAAGACGGACGCCCGAAGAGUUUGUGUUUACGUUUUCUAUUCCUCCCAAAGCAAGCAGGCGUUUUCCUGGUUGCGGUUCCAGUCCCUGGGCUCAGAUCAAAGGCAGCACCUGGAGGCACCCAGUCUUUCUCAGCGUUGUUGUCCUUUGGGUCCCCACUUCACAGGUCAGGCGAUUUAGGUGUAAUCUUUUAUGGUUUCCAAGCAAAUUCUGUGUGAGAAUACCUACAGCUGCCAAGAAAACCUGUUGAGAUUUUUCACUCCUUUGAGACAUACCUAAAGUGACUUCUCCAAAAUCUGUUUUGGCAGCAGCAGCACGAUGGCAGACGUUGACUGUGUUAGGAUUUCCCUGACCCUUUACGGCAGCUUCUGCAGUAACCACCUCCCAUAUCCAGUAGAAACCAUUUCUAAGCGGUAUUCGUGGUUGGCUGUCAGCUGUGCUUCAUGAUUUUGCAUUUCUAUGGAAAGCUGAUUUGCAUGUUGACAAUUACAUUUCUGUGUCCUCCGUGUUUUCCUGACUGUACUCGGGGUUGUUUUUUUCUAAUAGGGUAUUUCAGAUUAAAUACAGAUAUUACAGCAAUGUGAUAACUUAGUGAUUGAAACUUAUUUUGCCCCCAAAGAUUUCUUAAAACUUGUUUGGAGCUCUCACACAAGUACUUUUUUGAACUGUGGUUGGAGAGCAACAGAAAGCGCCCCGGGCCCUGGCAGUCCUGGGUCAGCGAGGGGGUCGGUGGGCCGUGACUGUGGUUUGGUCAGAUGGUACGUUUGCAAAAUCAUGAGAUGCGUUUCAGCUUUAGCUCUCAGCCCCCAUUAAUUAGUCCAUAGCCUUUCAGUUCUGCUGUAAACCUUCCCAAGCUUUUCCUGGGGAAGCUCUUAAAGAGCCCUCAGAAGUAGAAAGACGACUAGAAUAACAAACAGGUUGGCGGGCUCCCAACAAGCUACCUGGUCUUCUGGAAAAUGGGUUCUGGACCUUGGGCUCUAACCUGGCAGCUCUAGAGUUCAAGUUGACGGUGAGCACUUUUCCACAUUUUCGGGCUGACUCUAAGCCUAUCAGCUUCCUCAUGGAUGGAAGCAGACGCGGUCACACCUCACACUAUGGGCUUUUUCCUUUUCAUGGUCAAAUGAAGUCUACAUUACAAAGUGAGGGGUAGAAGUAAGGCCUAAGACACUGUAGAAAGCUACA